CCGCGGUAGAGGGCGGGACUUUCCUUCGUCCCCGCCGCCCCCGGGGACCAACGGAUGAAUGAAGCAGCGAGGCGACGGUUUGACUUCGUAGGACAAGACAAGAUGGUGGACUCCCAGUACCUUUUGCCCAAUGACAUUGGCAUCUCGCUGCUGGACUGCAAAGAUGCCUUCCAGCUGCUGUCGAAGGAGGAGAAGCUGUACGCCCAUUAUAUCUCGCGCGCCUCGUGGUACGGAGGGCUGGUUGUGCUGCUGCAGACCUCCCCGGAGUCCCCCGCCAUCUACGUCCUGUUACAGAAGCUGUUCCGGGCGCAGCCCCUCCCUCAGCUGCAGGAAAGGGCCACAGCGGUGGGCAUGACCUGCGAGGAAUACCAGGCGUUCCUUGUUUAUGCUGCCGGGGUUUAUUCCAACAUGGGCAACUACAAGUCGUUCGGAGACACCAAGUUUGUGCCUAAUUUGCCACAGGAGAAGCUGAAGGAGUUGGUGUGGCAGAGCAAAGCCUUCGAGAAGAACCCCGACGAGAUGGAGCGGCUCUGGCAGGUCUGUGGGGACCUGAUGUUCUCACUGGAGGAUCGACAAAAGCAGCUGGGCCUGGGAGCCAAGGGAACCACGGCCUACUUCUCGGGGAACUGCGAUCUGAAAGAUGCUGAGUUGGCACAGAAAUUCCUGGAUUUUAAGGGCAUAAGUGCUUACAACACCCGCUUGUUUAAGACUGUCGGUGACGGUGGAAAAACUAUUUACGAGGUCAGGCUUGCCUCUGUUAUUAAGGACGAUGCCCCCUUGAAGGGAGAAUCGGGAAACCAGUGCGGCGUUUACGAGUUUGAGGGCGUGACGUUCAAGGUGUCCCGGGGAGAUUACUCGCCGCUGAUGAAGAAGGUGGUGGAGAAUCUGGAGAAGGCCAAGGAUCACGCCUCCACCCCCAACGUGGAGAAGAUGCUGCUGCACUACAACCGUAGCUUCACUACCGGCUCCAUCGACGCUCACAAGGAGGGCUCCAAGCACUGGAUCCGGGACGAGGGGCCCAUCGUGGAGAGUUACAUCGGCUUCAUUGAAAGCUACCGCGACCCUUACGGCUCCAGGGGGGAGUUUGAAGGGUUUGUGGCGGUGGUGAACAAGGACAUGAGUGCCAAGUUCACCCAGCUGGUGGCCUCCGCUGAGCGGCUGCUGCCCCAGCUGCCCUGGCCCCAGCACUUCGAGAAGGACCGGUUCCUCAAGCCCGACUUCACCUCCCUGGACGUGCUCACCUUCGCUGGCAGCGGCAUCCCGGCAGGCAUCAACAUUCCCAACUACGACGACAUCCGUCAGACGGUGGGGUUUAAAAACGUCUCGCUCGGUAACGUGCUGGCGGUGGCCUAUCACACCCAGAAGGAGAAACUCACCUUCCUGGAGGAUAACGACAAGGACUUGUACAUCAAGUGGAAAGGCCCCUCCUUCGAAGUCCAGGUUGGCCUUCACGAGCUGCUGGGCCACGGCAGCGGGAAGCUCUUCGUGCAGGACGACAAGGGCAAGUUCAACUUUGACACCGGCCUGGUGAAUCCAGAGACGGGCGAGGAGGUCAAGACCUGGUACAAACAGGGCGAGACGUGGGACAGCAAGUUCUCCACCAUCGCCUCCACCUACGAGGAGUGCCGUGCGGAGUGUGUCGGCCUGUACCUCUGCCUCAGCCGCGAGAUACUGAAGAUCUUCAGCCACGAGGGCGCGGAUGCGGACGAUGUCAUCUAUGUUAACUGGCUAACCAUGGUGCGGGCAGGAGUCUUGGGCCUGGAGUUCUACACCCCAGAGACCCAGAAGUGGAGGCAGGCCCACAUGCAGGCUCGCUUCGUCAUCCUGCGGGUGCUGCUGGAAGCGGGCGAGGGGCUGGUCACCGUGCGGCAGACCACCGGCGGCGACGGCAAACCCGACGCCAUCAUCACCCUGGACCGGGAGAAGAUCGCCACGGUGGGCAAGGCCGCCAUCGAGGCCUUCCUCAGGAAGCUGCAGGUGUACAAGAGCACGGCGGACGUGGAGGCGGGCCGGGCGCUGUACUCCAGCUACUCGCGGGUGACGGACGCCGAGCCGGAGCGCUACCUCACGCUGCGCCACACCGUGCUGCUGCGCAAGGAGUCCCGCAAGAUGUUUGUGCAGGCCAACACUCGCAUCGAAGGUGGAGACAUCCAGUUCCAGAGCUACGAGGCAUCGGCCGCCGGCCUGAUCAGCUCCUUCGUCGAGCGAUUCUCCGAGGAUGGCGAUGAGCUGGAGACCUGCCUUCAGGAGCUGUCUUGCCGCGACUCCAAACACUGGGGAAUAUGAAUCCGACUUCCACAGCUAAUCCCUCCAGUCUCCGUUAUAUUUGCAAGAACUCGUGGGGUUUUUUCUACUUUCAGUCUCGGCCUUUUUCCGCUUCGGACAAGUUUGAUUUCUCUUCCCCCCCCCCCCCCCCUCUCUGUUAGAGUUUUGAAUUCCAAAGAUCACAAUCGGCCGGUGGGCCGAAGGACCUUGUGUCCACGUCUGGUUUAAGUGCGGCACGCUGGCGCAGCGGGUAGAGCUGCUGCCUCACGUCACCAGAGGCCCGGGUUCGAUCCUGACCACGGGCGCUUGUCUGUACGGAGUUUGCACGUUCUCCCCGUGACCUGCGUGGGCCUAGUGUGUGUGUGUGUGUGUGUGUAGGAUAAUGUUAGUGUGCAGGGAUCGCUGGUCGUCACGGACUCGGUGGGCCGAAGGGCCUGUUUCUGCGCUGUAUCUCUAAACUAAACCAGUGCCGCAGGAGGUAUAUUAGCGGGGUGGCCCUUAACCCUUUCACCGCCAGUCCCAGGCCACAAGGUACACAGAGAUUCGAAGAGGUCUCUUCAUAAAAUAACUGUGUGUGUGUGUGUGUAUUCAAACUGCGACCACAAGUGAUAGGAGCAGAAUUAGGCCAUUCGCCCCAUCGAGUCGAACAGAAUACCCCUCUGCCAUUCAAUCAUGGCCGUUCUAUCGUCCCCUCUCAACCCCAUUCUCCUGCCUUCUCCUCAUAACCCCAUGACAACCAAACCAAUCAAGGAUCGAUCAAUCUCUGCCUUAAAAAAUAUCCACUGACUUGGCCUCCACCACCGUCUGUGCCGAUGAAUUCUACAGAUUCACCACCCUCUGCCUAAAGAAAUUCUUCCUCAUCUCCGUGCUGAAGGUACAUCCUUCAAUUCUGAGGCCGUGACCUGUGGUCGUAGACUCUCCCACUAGUGGAAACAUCCUCUCCACAUCCACUCGAUCCGGGCCUUUCACGAUUCGCUAAGUUUCAAUGAGGUCCCACCCCCUCAUCCUUCUAGUGCAGGCCCAGUGCUGUCAAACGCUCAUCGUACGUUAACCCGCUCAUUCCUGGGAUCAUUCUGGUAAACCUCUGGACGGGCGGCAAAUGGCACCGAGCCACACGACCUCGGACUGAGCUGCCGGCUGGACGUGCCGGUUUCAGUUAUUCCGCGGAUGUCCCUCUGUCUCUGACCCCAGUGCCCGCCAUCUCUCUCCAAUGAGAUCUCACGGUGGCGCAGCGGGUCGAACUGCUGCCUCGCAGCGCCAGAGGCCCGGGGUGCUGUCAGUACGGAGUUUGUGCGUUCUCCCCGUGACCCGCGUGGGCAUUCUCCAGGUUUCCUCCCCCACUUCAAAGACGUGCAGGGGUUUGUAGGCAAAUUGGAUCGGUGUAAUUGUGUAGGAUGGUGUUGGUGUGCGGGGAUCGCUGGCAGGCGCGGACUCGGUGGGCCAAAGGGCCUGUUUCCGGGCUGUAUCUAUAAUAAAAACUAAGGUGGA